AUGGCCUCAGCACAGAGUGGACAUGCGCAGAAGCGCCAACAUGGCAGCACGCAAGGAGGGAAAUGGAAACCCAAAAAGACAAAGCGCGAGAAGAAUAUUGCGGAAGGCUCAUCAGAGGACAUCUUGCGACUAGACAUACAAGCUUUGCUCAAAUCAAGACCGACUAUAGAAGAUCCAGAGCCAUUGCCGGAGCAAGGCACUCAAGUGGACAUUGAGAUCCUGGAACUUUCAUCGACAGGCGAUGCGCUGGGCAUGAUCGCCGGAUCAAACCAAGUCUACGUGACCGAAUUCGCCGUGCCGGGUGACACGGCGCGGGUCAAGGUGUACCGCCACCUGCAAGAGGAGAGCCGCACCAUUGCCGACUUCAUCUCCAUCACAAAGCCAUCACCGCUGCGGGAUGAUACGAGGAUACAGUGCAAGUACUUUGGCAAGUGUGGCGGGUGCCAGUUCCAGAUGCUGGACUACCCGGAGCAGCUGAAACUGAAGAAGCGCGUCCUGGAAAAGGCGUACGCCAACUUCUCCAACCUCCCAGCAGAGCUCGUCCCCACCAUGGGCGACACCAUCGGCAGUCCGCUCCAGUACAACUACCGGACAAAGCUGACGCCGCAUUUUGACGGCCCGCCAGGCAUGUUCCGCGGACGGGGCAAAAAGUCCAAGGCGCAUUUCGACUCGUGCCCCGAUAUUGGCUUCAUGCUCAAGGGGACGCGGCGGGUCAUGGAUAUCGAGGAGUGUCCUAUUGGCACCGAGGCGGUCAACCUGGGCAUGAACCGUGAGCGAGCGCGCAUGAAGGAGGAAUACAAGAACUACACAAAGGGGGCCACCAUCCUCCUGCGGGAAAACACCCAGCGCCUACCAAAGGGCAGUGCCGACAUUCCGGAGACGCUUCCGCCAUACACCACGAAAGCCGACAACGAGACCACUGUGGACAUCAAGUCGUGCAUCACCGACCCCAAGGGCACGUCCACCGAACACAUCGACUCGUACGUCUUCACCAACCCGGCCAAUUCAUUCUUCCAGAACAACAACUCCAUCCUGCCCAAGUUCACGGCCUUCAUCCGAGAGCACAUCCUCCCGCCCGCCCAUCAGGGCGAGAUCAAGUACCUCAUCGACGCAUACUCGGGCUCGGGCCUGUUCACCAUCACCCUGUCGAGCGUGUUCCAGCAUUCCACGGGCAUCGACAUUGCCGCCGACUCCAUCGCCUGCGCUCGGAAGAACGCUGAGCUCAACGGUCUGAACGACGAGCGCUGCAGCUUCAUUGCCGCCGACGCCGGCGAGCUGUUCAAGAGCGUCACGUACAACAAUGACGAGACGGUCGUCGUUCUCGAUCCCCCUCGAAAAGGCUGCGACGCCGACUUCCUCGGCCAGCUGCGGAGAUUCGGGCCCAAGAGGGUACUGUACGUCAGCUGCAACGUGCACACGCAAGCGCGCGAUGUGGGCGUGCUUGUUAGGGGCGAAGGCGACGGGUGGAGAUAUGAGAUUGAGAGCCUGCGAGGCUUCGACUUCUUCCCCCAGACGGGUCACGUCGAGGGCGUGGCGAUUUUGAAUCGUGUGGAACAGUAG